AUGCAAGGUACGGACGAGAAGGCCCUUAUCCACGUGCUAUGUAAUCGCACCAACGCACAACGCCAGCAGAUCAAGGCCACAUAUGCCACUAAUGUUGUGGGGCGCAAUCUUGAGAAGGACUUGCGGUCGGAAACUUCCGGCGGGUUUUGGGAGACACUCAAGGCCAUGAUGAUGACACCGGCUGGAUACGAUGCAAAAACACUCUACAAAGCAAUCGAUGGGGCGGGUACCGCAGAAGAGGACAUUAUUGAAAUCUUAGCCACUCGCAGCCCAGUUGAACUGGAGAAGAUCAAAGCCGAAUACCUAAGAGUGCACAAGAAGAAUUUGGACUCGGAAAUAAAAAAGGACACCUCUGGACACUUCGAGAAAGCGUGUGUUGCUUUGCUGGACACAAAUCAACGCAAGCACACCUUCGCGAAACCGGCAGACCAGCAAACGGCCUUAGCCGAGGCUACUCGCUUGUUCAAGGCGGGAGAGGGUAAAACGGGCACAGAUGAGCAGACGUUCAUCAACGUUUUGUGCUUUGCGAGUCCCCUGCAAAUCACUCUGAUUGCGCAAGAAUACCUCAAACUAUGUCCCAAGUACACACUGGAGGCCAGCAUUGAUCGCGAGUUCAGCGGUGAUAUCCGAAAGCUGCUGAAGUCGAUUGUGCGCUUUGGCGUGAAUGGACCGUACUUCUUCGCCAGUGUUCUGCACAAGUCAAUGGACGGCAUAGGGACCACCGAGCCCACACUGAUCCGUGUCAUGGUCACGCGCGCAGAGGUCGAUAUGGAGGACAUUAAGCUCAGCUAUAAACAGGCGUACAAGACGGAUUUGGCAAAGGAUAUUAAAGGCGAGAUCGGGGGCGAUUUUGAAAAGAUCAUGCUCGCUCUGUGCAAAUAGAGGGUUGGGUUCUGUAUUGUAUACAGGUGAUUCUGCCGUUGUAUGGAUGCGGUGGGGUCUUCAAUAAAGC